AUGUCAGACCAGUCCAGCAUGGAAAUGAAACAAGAGCAAUGCCCCGGCUCAACCCCUGGCACUGAGCCACCCUCGACAGACGAGAUGCAAUAUCCUUCGGGGCUCCCUUUGGCCAUCAUCAUGGGAGGUCUCGUCGCCUCAAUCUUUCUCAUUGCACUGGACACAACAAUUGUGUCCACAGCGAUCCCUCGCAUCACCGACGAAUUCCACACAGUGGGCGAUAUCGGGUGGUACGGCUCAGCCUUCUUUCUCACCCUCGCCUCGUUUCAAGGGACAUGGGGGAAGAUCUACCGCUACUUCCCACUAAAGACCAGUUUUGCCGCUUCGGUGCUACUGUUUGAGCUGGGAUCUUUGAUUUGCGCCGUUGCUCAGAAUUCCGUCACACUUAUUGUCGGCCGAGCCAUUUCGGGCAUCGGAGCAGCCGGCAUCUCCUCUGGCUCAUACACCAUCCUGGCGUUCUCUGUGCGCCCUGAGCAGCGCCCAGCCAUGACCGGAUUACUUGGUGCCAGCUUCGCUGUUGCCAGUGUCGCGGGCCCCCUUAUCGGCGGCGCAUUCACGGAGCAUUCCAUCUGGCGAUGGUGUUUCUGGAUCAACCUCCCCAUCGGAGGUCUCGCAGCUGCGCUGAUCAUCUUCUUCUUCACGACCCCAGCACAAGCCCAGGCCAAGCACGCCUCAUGGAAAGAAAUAAUUCUGGCAAUGGAUGUCUCCGGAAUCGUGCUCCUCCUCGGCGCGAUCCUGUGCUUCCUGCUGGCCCUGCAAUGGGGGGGCUCCGCAAAAUCCUGGAGAAACGCCGACGUAAUCGGCACCCUAAUCGGCUUCGCAAUCCUCCUCAUCCUUUUCUGCAUCAACGAAUUCCUCCUACAGGACCGCGCAAUGAUCCCACCACGCCUCCUCGCAAACCGAACCCUCUUCUUCUGCUCCGCCUUUACGCUCUUCUUCUGCAGCUCCUUCUACGUUCUGCUGUACUACCUCCCCAUCUACUUCCAAUCCGUCAAAGAAGCCUCGGCCGCAGAUUCCGGUGUCCGAACCCUCCCGCUCGUCCUGGGCAACGGCCUCUUCGCCACAAUCUCCGGCUUCGUUCUUGGAGUUAUCGGGUACUACCUCCCCCUGCUAACCCUCGGCGGAAUCCUCUGCACAAUGGCCAGCGGCCUCCUGUACACCCUCGACAUAUCCUCUGGCGCAGCCGAAUGGAUCGGAUACCAAGCGAUGGCGGGGAUCGGCAUCGGAAUUGCAAUCCAAGUCCCCAUGAUCGCGAGCCAGGCUGUUGUGGAAAUGCAAGACCUCUCGACGAUUUCAGCCAUGGUUCUGUUUUUCCAGUGUAUCGGUGGCGCGAUUUUUGUGCAGGCGGGCCAGGCGGCGUUUAGUAAUCGGCUGGUAAAUGUUGUGCAUGAAUCUUUGCCAGAAAUGAGCACCCACCUUAUUACUGCCACGGGUGCGACGGAACUUCGGACUGCUUUUACGGGAAAGGAACUGGAUAUUGUGCUGCAUGGGUAUGUGGAAGGCUUAAAAGAUUGUUAUAUCCUAUCUAUUGUGCUUGCGGGAUUGGCGACUGUGUUGGCUCUGGGGUCGGGGUGGAGGAGUUUGAAGGGAAAGACUAAUGAUCAGGCUGGACAGGCCUAG